CAAAAAACAUGGCGCUCUCCUGUCGACAAAUUUUGUUGAUGAUUGGAAUGCUAGUCACCGGCAGUAUCAACACGCUGAGCAAAAAAGCACAAAACGACUGUAGGGCUCCAGGAUACCCGGACCACAAAGCCAAUGGUACAACCUCUCCUCAUGACUUUAACCAUCCAUGGUUCCAGACACUCAUCAUGUUCAUCGGGGAGACAAUUUGUUUGAUUGGUUUUUGUGUGGUGCGCAAACGGGAUCGAGAUAGGUGGAGGGCAGAGAGCCAUAUUAAUGCAGCUGAGAUGCCGCACCCAAACAGACUGAUCCAGCUGGUCGUGGCUUUCCCUACUGUGUGUGAUCUGGUUGGAACUUCACUGGCAGGUAUUGGCCUGGUGUACGUGGAUGCUUCAGUUUGGCAGAUGUUACGGGGCUCCAUCAUCAUAUUUGCAGGAAUUUUAUCCAGGAUAUUCCUGAAACGUCAGCUUGGUUGUAUAAAAUGGACAGGGAUGUUUUUCACCAUGGGGGGUUUGGUGCUCGUAGGCUGUUCGAGUAUAUUCAAGGCGGACAGUAGCAACCGAAAUGCUGGCAACACAAUUCUAGGUAUAAUACUGAUCAUAUCCAGUCAGAUUGUCAGUGCUUCUCAGAUGAUUAUAGAGGAAACAUUCCUAAAGAAAAAAAGUCUUCAUCCACUGCAGGUUGUUGGACUUGAAGGCAGCUAUGGUGUUAUUUUCAUGUCUGUGAUAGUCCUUCCAGCUAUGUACUAUAUCCCGGGGUCAGAUGUAAACAAUAGCUACGAGAACAGUCUGGACGCCCUGUACCAGAUUGCAAAUGAUUCCCGGCUACUGGUGUUCUGUCUGCUAUACCUGCUCUCUAUUGCUUUCUAUAAUUACUUUGGCCUAGCUGUCACCAAGUCUCUCACAGCUGUACAUCGUACUUUGAUUGACGCCUGUAGAACAAUCAUAGUUUGGGGAAUUGAUCUCUUUGUCUACUAUGCAUUUGAUAAGGGGUUUGGUGAACCGUUUGAUAAAACCUAUGGUCUGUUACAAGUGGAUGGUUUCCUGUUCCUACUGAUCGGUACAGCCUUAUACAAUAACCUAGUGGACCUCAGUUGGAUACCCUGUCUACGCAGUUGUGUCUCACAAUCGACCACCCAGCCACUGAAUCACCAGGGCAACAUCCAAGAGGCUAGCGACUCGGAGAGCGAGGAUGAAUAUAAAACUGUGUCAGAAAGAAGUAGACUUUUACAGGGAAGUGAUUGAAUUUUAAAAUAAUUCUAAAAUGGUACUAGAUUUAUUUAAGAUUUUACAUUGUUAUUGGUAUACACAAAAUAGAUCAAUACCCAAAAUCAACCAUUUUUAAUAUACUUAUAUGGUGAAAUCUGUUAUAAUGGAGCACUAUGGACUCCUCUAAAUUGGCUGUAUAGAGAGGUUGUCAAAACCCACAGGCUGAAAGUAUUUAGGAGAAAUGAGAUUAUGUGAUACUAUGAAAUAACAUUAUAUCUUACAGUUUGAUAUUGAUGCAUCAUUUGUGGCAAUGAAAAUAUUUAUGAAGUUUCUAAGUUUUAAAAGAGUAAACAUCUGUGAAUGGAUAUUUUCAUUGCCAUAGUUCCAUAUUUUGGAAGUCUUUAUUAUUAAGUAGUUAGCUGGGAUAUGUGGUAAUCAAUGAUGUGAGAAAUCGAUGAUUAGAAAGUGAUAAAUGAAAGGUGUGAUUAAUGUUCUCUAUGUAGAGACACGGUAGUCUAGUGGUAAGACAGCGGGAUCGUGACCGAAGGGUUGCAGGUUCGAGUCAUGU